AUGAGUCAAGUGGCCUCCACUCCCCUAGCAAAGAACAACGACCAUCCGGAAAGUGGCCUGACACCACCAGAAGAGAUCGAACUCAUUGCCUCCUUUGCAGAUUUACCAGCGGUGGAACAAAAAGAAAUUAUUAAUAGACUCGAAUCGCUUAAAACCCAACUUAUCAGGAAGCUCAGCACCAGAAUACCUAUGUACAGCGAGCAUGACAUCCUAGAAGAACCAGUUCAUAUGGAUAUCGCAAUAUCUAAUGCUAAAUGUAUGUCGGUAAUGGAGGAUAAGAUACAACCCCAAGAAGCAACUACCAGUCCUUCCCUCCAACCAGAACAACCCUCCGUGCUCUUAAUAGAUUUACAUGACCGUCCCUUGAUAAACAUACCUGAAGAAAGCAGCACACAACAGGAAAAAUCCCCUUCUACACAUUCAUCGAUGCCAGACCUGGAACCUUCUUAUAGCACUGACCAAUCAAGAGAAGAGGUGCCUUUGCCAACCUUCCCAAAUAGCCCACUCGCCCAGCCUUAUUCCUCUUUGCGGAGUAUUAUGGAUACAACAGUAAGACCAGUGACGGAACUGAUUGAAGAUCCAACAGGCCACAUAAAUCAAGUAGCCCAAAAGACCAGUAGCAGACUACAGAGAGACCAAACUUCUGACGAGAUAGAUGGACCACACCGGGUGGCCCACCAAACUCUUUUGGAAAAGGGGGCCGCCCCUGCUCAAGGUCCUACUCUUAGUAGAUCGAGUGGCCAAGUUCAACAGUCAGACAACCUUGUUAAUCCUCCCACUCAGCUUUUACGAGAGGUUUCUCAUCAGAGGAAGAUAACUGAUUUUUUUAUUGGCUCCCCUCUUCCCGUAUUAAAGUUGAGCCAACCUUCCGAAUGA